UGAGACCUGUAUAUGAGUCCACGAGGCUCAGCCCCUUCCCACUUGCAUAGACCCCAUCAACAGCGUCCACCUGGCGGUGUUGCCCAGCAUGAAGCAGCUUGCAAUCCUUUACGCGCUAGCCGGUCCUGCUCUGGUCAGGUCUGAGUACACCGUUGCCGACUCCGUAGACAGUAACGAGGUCUUCGAUGGCUAUGUGAGCUACAGCAUCGAGUUCUCAAGCUUCCCCGAUUUCGCAGGGAACGUCUCGCACCCAAACACUUACUCGGAAACCCUCCUGGACAACCUUGGACGCAUUCAGGGAACCAAGCCGUACAUCCGCGUAGGCGGCAACACUCAGGACUAUGCUCUCUAUGACGCCUCUCUGCCCUAUGCCCUCAACGGCACCGUCGACCCGUCACGAUCUGCCGACUAUCCCACAACCAUAACUAUUGGGCCCUCCUAUUUCGAAUCGUACAACACAUGGAAGAACAUCAAGUUCACCCACGGCUUCAACCUCGGCCUGGGCGCCAACAGAUCGAGCGGAUGGCAGACCCUGCUGGAUACAGUUCCCCUGGCUUGCAAGGCUCUGGGCGGCGGGAAGCUCCAUCUCUGGACGUACGGCAACGAGCCAGAUCUAUACUCGACGUCAGCCCAAGGGCCAGUGAGACCGCCCGACUGGAGCGAGAGCACCUACGUCUCCCAAUGGCUCAAUGGCACCCGCCAAAUCAAGGCUCUUCUCGAGGAGCAUUGCCCGGAUCUCCUGGGAGAAGACAGUUACGGUUACAUGGCCCCCUCCUUUGCCGGCGUUGGCAAUCGCCUGAAAGCUCCGGCAGCCUGGGCAGCAGGCCUGAACGAGGACAGAAAUAUCAAGCUGUUCUCAACCCACAACUACAUCAGCGGGGCCACAUCUCCUGGGGUGACUCUCCAAGGCACCUUGAUGAACCAUGCUGUGACCAAACGCUCCGUAGACGCACACAUCACCGAGUACAACACCAUCCUCUCCCAGUCCUCAGGCCCAGUCCCGCCCCUUAUCUUUGGCGAGACCAACUCCCUCUACAACCAGGGGCGACCCGGUCUUUCCAACACCUUCGGCGCGGCACUCUGGGGCGUCGACUUCAACCUCUACUCAGCCUCGGUCGGCUUCAAGCGGGUGCACAUGCACAUGGGAACGAAUUACAGGUAUGGCGCCUGGCAACCCACCUCGACCGAACUGGCCACAAUCGGCACCAAAGCCCCCUACUACGGCUCAAUCGCAGUGGCCGCCGCGCUGGGGAGUCGCCCAGCAACCGUGAUGGAAAUCCCACUCGACUCCCAGACUUCAGGCGCCGACCUACAACCAGAAGCAGCCUACGCGAUCUACAUCUCCGGAACCCGCCUCUCCCGCCUUCUAAUCCUCAACAUGCGCUCCUACAACACCACCCACCAGGGCGCCGGCCUCGAGCCCUUACCCUCGCCGCCUCCAAGGGGACAGGUGGAAUACACCUUCCGCCUACCCUCCCAAUCAUCAUCAUCCUGUACCAAGCCACUGGCGGCAGGCGACAGAGUCCCCGUCAGGCGACUCAUGGCCAACGGAAGCGACGCCAUCACGGGCAUCACCUGGGACGGGUGGAGCUACAACUAUGAGCUGGACGGCGGCAGGCCCGUGCGGCUCAGCAAUGUUACUACUGUCGGGGAGGAGGUUGUGGUGGAGGACGGCGGGGUGGUGAGGGUAGGUGUGCCGGAUGCGAGUGCUGCGCUUUUGGAGGUGGGGUGUUCCUGAGGAUGAAGCUGGGAAGGGACGUGGGAAGAGGCGGGCGAGGUGGUGGUGGCGUUGAUGCUGUCUGGUGUCCUCUUUUGGAAUUGUUCGAGGGCAAUGGGCAAGGGAUCGGGGAUUUUGGAGUUACAGAUAA